AUGGCUUCCAACGUUGAGACAGCCAUUGAGCCGCACAAGACCUUCGAUACCAUCCUGGUCUUGGACUUUGGUUCUCAGUACUCCCACUUGAUUACCAGACGUCUCCGUGAGCUCAAUGUGUACUCCGAGAUGCUGCCGUGCACCCAGAAGAUCGCCGAACUGCCCUGGAAGCCUACCGGUGUUAUUCUGUCCGGAAGCCCCUUCUCCGUCUACGAAGAGAUUGCCCCCCAUGUCGACCCGGAGGUUUUUAACCUCAAUGUUCCCAUCCUCGGUAUCUGUUAUGGUCUGCAGGAACUCGCCUGGUACCACGGAAAGAACGUCCUGGCCAGUGACAAGAAGGAAUACGGACACGCCCAUCUGAACAUCCACCGUCAAGCUGGCAAGGAGGGCACCAUCGAUCGUCUUUUCAAGGGUCUUGAUGACAAGAUUCAGGUCUGGAUGUCCCACGGCGACAAGCUCGCCAAGCUCCCUGACAACUUCGAGGUCAUUGCUACCACCGACAACGCUCCCUUCGCCGGUAUCGCCAGCACCACCAAGCCCUACUUCGGUAUCCAGUUCCACCCCGAAGUGACUCACACUCCCCGCGGAACCGAGAUUCUCAAGAACUUUGCUGUCGAUAUAUGUGCCGCCAAGCAGGAAUGGAGCAUGGAGAAGUUCGUGGACAAGGAGAUUGAGCGCAUCAAGACCCUGGUCGGCGAGAAAGGUCAGGUCAUUGGUGCCGUCAGCGGUGGUGUCGACUCGACCGUUGCUGCGAAGCUGAUGAAGGAGGCCAUUGGCGACCGCUUCCACGCCGUCCUUGUCGACAACGGAGUGUUGCGUCUCAACGAAGCUCAGCAGGUGCAUGAGACUCUCGAAAAGGGACUAGGAAUCAACCUCACGGUCGUCGACGCUUCCGACCGUUUCCUCAACCUUCUCAAGGGUGUGACCGACCCCGAGCGCAAGCGUAAGAUUAUCGGUAACACCUUCAUCGAGGUCUUCCAGGAGACAGCCAAGUCGAUCACCGAUGCUGCUGCCGGCUCUGACAAGGAGGGCAACAUCGAGUGGCUUCUGCAGGGUACUCUGUACCCCGACGUGAUCGAGAGUAUCUCGUUCAAGGGCCCUAGUGCCACCAUCAAGACCCACCACAACGUUGGUGGUUUGCUCGAGGGCAUGCACCUCAAGCUGAUCGAGCCGCUGCGUGAGCUCUUCAAGGACGAGGUCCGCGCUCUGGGCACCAACCUCGGAAUCCCGCAUGACCUUAUCUGGCGCCACCCCUUCCCCGGUCCGGGUCUGGCCAUCCGUAUCCUGGGCGAAGUCAACCGCGAACAGCUGCGCAUCGCACGGGAAGCCGACGUCAUCUUCAUCGAGGAGAUCAGGGCCGCCGGCCUGUACCAGAACAUCAGCCAGGCGUUUGCGGCGCUGCUGCCGGUCAAGGCUGUCGGUGUGAUGGGUGACAAGCGCAUGCACGAGCAGGUGAUUGCGCUGCGUGCGGUGGAAACCAGAGACUUUAUGACUGCGGACUGGUAUCCGUUUGACGGCGAGUUCCUGAAGCGGGUGUCCCGUCGGGUUGUAAACGAAGUCAACGGUGUUUGCCGGGUGGUGUAUGACAUUACCAGCAAGCCCCCGGGUACCAUUGAGAUGGAGUAA